GCAGUCCUCAUCGCCGCGCCUUCGUAUGAGCCGUGUGUCGCUGCCGGUCUCCCCCCGCGCCCCGCGACGAUCCGUCUCACCCGCAUUCUAGUUGUGGGUGUCGCGCCGUGCAGUCCUCGCGUGUGCCGCUCAACUUAGUGCGCCGUUUGUGAGUGCUUUAAAUCCCGCACGAGUGUCAGUGUGACAGAGGACCCUGUGCCACCCCGCGGAGGAUGUUAACAGCGCACGGUAGCAGCUGUUGACGUUCGUAGAAGCAGCCAGCCAAAGGCAACUCUUUUUCUCGCCCCCCGCUCCCCGCAUCCCCUUCCAAGAUUGCUGCCACCAUGGGUCGGAAGAAAAUACAAAUAUCCCGGAUUACGGACGAACGGAAUCGGCAGGUCACUUUCAACAAGCGUAAAUUCGGUGUGAUGAAGAAAGCUUAUGAGCUUAGCGUACUAUGUGACUGCGAGAUCGCUCUCAUCAUCUUUAGUUCCAACAACAAACUGUACCAAUACGCUAGCACUGAUAUGGACAAGGUUCUCUUGAAAUACACGGAAUACAACGAACCCCACGAGUCACUGACAAACCGCAACAUCAUCGAGGCACUAACGAAGAAAGAGCAUAAGAACGGAGUGAUGUCACCGGACAGCCCGGAAGCGGAACCCGAAUACAAUCUGACACCAAGGACCGAAGCAAAGUACUCAAAGAUUGACGAAGAAUUCCAAAUGAUGAUGCAAAGGAACCAGUUGAACGGGAGCCGAGUCGGAGUGGGAGUGGCUGGUAGCAACUACAACCUGCCAGUUAGCGUCCCAGUCGGCAACUAUGAUCAAACACUACUUCAAGCUAGUCCUCAAAUGCACACUUCUAUCAGUCCACGGCCAUCGUCUUCGGAAACCGAUUCAGUAUACCCAAGCGGCGGAAUGCUAGAGAUGUCAAACGGCUACCCAGGUUCAGGAUCUCCAUUAGAUGAAGGAUGUACGCCAUCGCCCUCGCCGGGCCCGGCACCAUCACCUCAUCGGCACGGACACAAAUCGCACGGACAUGCACCGCCGCCGCAUCACUCGCCGCGGCACAACAACUUGCGCGUCGUCAUACCCAGCUCAAUGCCUCCACCUCAGGAUGACAUAUCUUACGCUGGAGAGACACCACUCGGCUACUCAGGACUCGGCAAUUUCGGACCACAAGAUUUCAGCAUCAACUCGGACAUGGGCAUCGGACUGACGUGGGGGGCGCAUCAGCUCCAGACGCUACAGCACAACAGGUACAUUAGCAGCCUGCCAGUAAUGGGCGGGGGUGGGACGCCACCACCAGCUGCAUCGCCUAGCAACGUGAAGAUCAAAGCAGAACCAGUGUCGCCACCUCGUGCACCUGAUCACCUCCACCGCGCGCCACCACCGCAACCAGCUCCGCAACCCGCACAUCUCUCUGGCGUCAUUGAUGUGUAUCGGCACGUUGCAGGUUCAGUGUCCUCGAGCAACAUGGGCUCGCCGGCCGGCCAAGACAUGCGGCACUCGGCCGUGCCACUGGACUAUGAGCAGCCGCACACGAAGCGGCCGCGGAUCGAGGGGUGGGCCACAUAGCUAGGCUACGAGGCCUUCGGCUCGUACCCGAGGCCCCUGCACCCGCACUGCUAGACCCGCGAGGCCCCGCACUCUCGCGGCCCUCUAUCGAGCUUGUGACCGUCCUCCGGCAUGCUCCACCCGGACUGAACAGUUCCCCGCGGCACAGUGCUAAUCUUAUCACUAAAAAAGUCUGAUAAGCAAAAGGUGCAUCCAAAUUAAACGGUGCUUACAUUAUUGAUGGCACGGUCGACUAACUCUCGAGAAGCUGCCCCACUCCCGGGCGUAGUACGUUACAUAUUCGUAUAUAAUUGAAUGUUCAACUUUACACUACCCUCUAUUAAUACGUAAUUAAUUAUUGUAAUGCACACAAGUACACUAAAGAUUAAGAUUAAAUGUUAAAAUUAAGUACAAUAGCAACCCUUCUGAACAAUUUUGAACUUUAAGUACAUAUAGAUAGAUAUUGAAUUCCCCUGUAAAUAGACGACAUUAUAUGUGCAAUCCGUGCCAUUGUCUGUUUAGCUUAAAGUUAGUCAAUUUAAAGAUUAGUGAGUAAAUGUACUAGUGCUGUAUAAGUUGAAGAGUUGAAGCGGCGGACGGCGCGCGGCGUUGUGUAGUGCUAUGGACACGGACCACAAACUGUGUGAAGUGGGACUUGUAAUCAAACGACUGUUGACAUUUUGUGUUAGUGUUUUAAAAGUUUUUUGUGCCAUUUUAAAAAUUAUAAUAAUAGUGUGACAUCCGAACUUGAAUCUGUAAAUUUAGUAGUCCUAGUGUCAUCACAGAAGAUAAUAAAUUAUAUGUAUUGUAAAAUCUACUUUAUCUAUUGACAUAUUUAUACAUGAGAAUCAUAAUGAUAUUUACAUGAUAUGUAUACACGUCCCGUUAGGAACGAAUGUUAUGUAAGUAAGUAGGUAAUAUUAGCUAGAAUUGAGUAUAUAAAGGUACCACACGAAGCUUUAAAAUUUCUUAUGAUAACACUUGCACUCUAAGCAGAUUUUGUAUGUGAACACGGUUUAUAUUGUAAACAAUUAGAACUCUUGACAUUUCCGAACUGACAUUUCAGUUCGACAGAUUAAAAAUAAAUUGUUGAAAAAAAGGUCACUCGUUUUUUGAGUUUCGCUUCAAGCUAAACCAAAUAGCAUUACAAGUAGUGUAUGCGAUAAAUUUAAUGUUACAAAUUUAAUUUUCUUCUCAAGUCAAUCUGUCUACGCUUCGAUAUUUAUCUUGAAUACCAAUCCCAUCCAUAUAUAUCAUCAAUAUGUAUGUAUGUAUGGUCGUAUAUCGUUGCAGACCAAAAUAUAUCGAGUCAAUUUUGUAUAUCAAAAUGUAAUUUACUUGUUAGGUAUAUGUAAGUUGAUUUAGUAACUAUAAUGAGUUACAAAUAAAAAUGUAUGGAACAACUUUGUUAAAUAGUACUUUUUAUUUUGUUAGUGUGAUCUGAAGUAAGUUUUUUAUUUUUUAUUUCUACUUAAUAGUAAACUAGAGCUAUGUAACGAUGAACAAUAUACCUACAAGUCAGCUUUAAGCACAGACAAAAUUAUAUUUUACAUUAUAAUAUUUACACUAAAAUAUGCACUAUAUCACAAUCCGCCCUAUUUUUAGAUGUUAUUGUCGGAAAGAAACUGUACAUUGUAUCGUCCAUAGUUCAUAAUCUCCUUCAUUACCCCGCUUUCCUUAGUCGUCGCUUUCUUCCCCUCCCGCAGCACCAAGCUCCACGUUCUCAAGGCCUGCACUAAAGGCCUGAAGACUCCUGUCCUCCUCUUUCCCCUUCCCAUAUCGUCUCACUGUAGUUGCCUUACUCACAGUGCCUAAAUGUACCAUUUUUAUACCAAAAUUUGUAUGUUAUAGCAUUUUUGCUUUAAUAUUCACAUCCUGGUAAUCUUAAGUCAUUUGAUGAUGUUAAUUGUUCUGCUCAUAGUACGCUUCCUGUUAAGUUACAGUCGGAGACAUAAGUAAAAAGAGUAUCCAAUAAUAAUAUUCUAGGUGUACGUUUGGUGUCAUCGUUAAUAUUAAUAAAUGUUUCCCGCUUUUUAGACUUUGUGACAACUGACCCCGCGGUUUUAGCUCUUUUUAGUUUUUCUCUCGACUGUACGCUCGUACUAGGGUCAGAACGAUGCCUAUAAUAUAUUUCUGUAUCACAUUUUGUCAGUGAAACUGUAUAAAUGUGUCUAUAAUUAUAAUAUAAUGUGUAUUUAAGAAUAACGAACAACUUCACAUCAUAGAAUAUAUCACUAGAGUAAACCUUCAAAUCACAGUAACAAAAUGUAAAGGUACACUUGUUAAAUUUGUACAGGGAGUUUUCCAUGUUUGAGGUUCAAAAGUCUGAACGCAUAUGAAUAUUAAAAAAAAGAAUAAAAAAAUAAAAUGUAUUUUCGCAUUGUAACAUAAGUACACGGUUAGGUUUAACGAAUUAAUAUUUUAUUACCGGAUCAUAAUGGAUGUUGACCUGUUUAUAGGGAACUAUUUAAAGAUCAUGUAAGUUCAUCUUGAAUGUUAGGCUAAAUUGUUAAUGUGAUAUAAUUACCUACACUGUUACUGGGCCCGAUCAUUGUUGAACCUUGUAUCGUCGUCACUGUUUUGUAUUGGACGUGUUUACAGUCACAGUUUUCUUGUUGUCCGUGACGAACUUUGUAAAUUCCCCUCCCCGGGCCUCGUAGUUUGAGAUUCUACAUUGCGUUAUUCUAUUUUCGGUCGUUCGUUCCUAAAAGUUCCUUUUUCUGGUAACGUCGAUGUGUUUUGUAUUAAAACUUGCUCAAUAUUUUCGGCGAUGAUGCGAAAUCCUUUGUUCUUGUUAGAAUUCAUUUGUACUUGUCCGUUGUAGAAAGUGGUAUAAUAUUGUUAAGUGUUGUAUUGUACGAUAUCAGGCAAGUUACUACCUAUAUACCUAUCACAGUACAGACGCACUGGUAUAAGGACAUAGCCAAAUUAAUGAACGCAAUUUUGCACAAAACACACAUUGGUAUUGGAUGAAAUUUUUAACAAUAGGUAAAAUUUCCUUUUGUAGAGUGAUCAAGUGACAAAUACGUGCGUUUAUCGCUUGCACCGUCUAUCGUAUCAAUGUAUUGUAUAAUAUUACGACAGUAAGCUGGUGUUGGGAGCAUUAUUUCCGAGGUUGUGAGCUUUGCUAUCGGGAAUGAGUUUCAACUUUAAUUAAUUAAUAAAUAUAAAAUAUAUAAAUAUAAUUAUUCAUUUCGACGCACAACUGUGUUGUGUGUUAUUGUAAAAAGCGUUUGUUUGUUCUUUAUAUAUGUACCUACUUUCGUAAUAUAUGUGUUAACCUGUAUAUCGCUGUGAGACAAUAGCAAGGGGCUUGUUCAGUUUAUUUAUAAUCUAGUUGAUUGCAUUUAAAGAUACGUAGUCAUAAGUAUGGGAUAACAAAAUGUGUUUUGCUGAACUUAUUCACAGUAGAUGUCGGUGUACUUUCCCCCCAUUUUUGCUAUUGCACCACAGUAUAUCGUGAACAAUCCAAAUAGAAUAUAGGAAUAUAAAUACAUAUCCUUAUUGAAUACUCAAAACGAUUUCACAUUAAUUUCUUGUAACAACAGUUGUGCAAUACAUAUAUAACAAACUGCUUAGGUAGGUAUUAGGUAUAUUUUCGUUUGAAUUUUACAAAGAAUGCAAAAUCUGUUGUAUUUUAUCGAUAUUUUUACUGAUAAUAUGACGGGAACGCCGACGGUUUUCCGAAGGUGCGUCUCGGGAAUAUUAAGUCAUAAUUGUGUAAUUAUUUUUUAAGGUUAGGCCGGGCCAAAUAUUGCAUUAAUGUAGGUUGCUCGGCGCCGUGUCUUUGUGUCGAGGCAGUCCUCUCUGCCCUAUGUAUUAUAAUUGUAUGAUGAAUGAACAUCUCAGUGGCUGAAUGAAAUAUUAAUGUUUAUCGACAGUGUUAGAAAAUUGUUAUAAAUUAUUUUGAUGACUGUUCGAAGGAUAAUAAAGAGUUGGAUGUCAA